GCGGCAGGCAAGGUAUAAAUGGAUACUGGCGGAUAGUGCCGGAGACGUACUGGUACACGUACAGCCUCUCCAGCACAACUCUCCUUGAUUAAUCAAGAGCGAUGAAAAAGACCACGAAGCCGGAAGUCGUCAUUUCUUCAGCGGAGUUCCCGGAUGACCGAUUCGUUAUCAUGAAUCUCUUUACGGCGUACGCAGAUUCCUUGGAGAUCGACCUUACCUUCCAAAACUUCUCCCAUGAGCUCUCUUCUCUUCCCGGAAAAUAUACACCCGAUAAUGGUGGCGUUCUGCUCAUUGCUCGUGUGAUUUCCGUAGACUCUUCCUCGGAAGUAUCCACAGCACAAGAACCCAUCGGCUGCGUAGCUCUACGUCCGUUCUCCCCACCUCAUACCUGCGAACUCAAACGCCUUUACAUCGUUCCCGAGGUGAGAGGACUUGGAGCGGGAAGGAAGUUGCUGGAAGCUGUACUUGAGAGGGCGAAGACUAUGGGGUACAAGGAGAUGGUGUUGGAUACGCUGCCAAGUAUGGUGCCGGCGAGGAAGAUGUAUAAGGCAUUUGGAUUCGAGGAGGUCGAGAAAUACUAUGACAAUCCGAUUGAAGGAACCUCCUUCAUGAGGUUGAAAUUAGACUGAGCGAGGAA